AUAUCAAUUUUUUAUAAACUGAAUUUCAGGUGAAGUUCGUUACUCAAAGAACAACACAAAGGUUGCUACCCUGAUGCAUGUAGACAAGACUCUUCCCCUCUGGUUGUUUUUUGAUGUUUAUGGAAACAUUCAAAAGAUCCGGAGCAUUGGGGUGACAACACACGUCCCCCCGAUCCCGCCUCGACCCCGGUCCACUCCUUUCAUGACCCAGACUAGCAUGCCACAACUGACCGUGACCCUCCCUCCCCGCGAUCCUAACGCGGCACAGGUACCCGUCAGUACCACCACCCCAGUAUCUUCUGGAUCCACUCCUCACCAUCCAUCUAGUCACAGUAUGAUGAGAAGCUACAGUGUUCCCAGUGGCGUCACGUCUGAACCAAUGUCACCGCAGCAAAAACUAGGUCACAUCAAGUCACUUCCCACCUCACCUGAGACAACUAUGGACUCUAGUGCUGAGACGGAGGCUAGCGAGUGUACAGUGUGCUACGAGCGGGCAGUCAAUGCAGUGCUGUAUACUUGCGGACACAUGUGUAUGUGCUUUGAGUGUGCAAUAGUUGUGAAAAACCAUAAAAGUGCACUGUGUCCUAUAUGUAGACAAGAAAUAAAAGAUGUUAUUAGAAUAUACAAAACGUGACACUGGUCAUGAUUCUCAUAGAUUAUUGUGGUAAUGCUGUACUGUUUAAAAGUAUAAAUAUGUUAUAUAUUUUGUCUCAAGAGAGAAAUAUGCAUGCUAAUUACAGUUCAUCAGAGGUUUCUCAUGGACAGUGGUGCUUCUUGCAGAGCAAGAUCAUGUCCUCUCAGGCCAAUAUUUCACCAGGACUUGGUACAAAGCAUUUUAGUGCUAACAUAGGAUUUUUUCUGUUAUAUUUUAUGGUGUUUUAAUGAACUGUGCAAUAACCAGAGUUAAUUUUAUUGGUUAAGGUUCAGUGUUUUCUUGUAUAUGUCCUCGGCUGUGUUUAUAUCUGAGGUUUGAGAAUCAUUUCUUGUGCUUAAUUUGACUUUAUUGAUGACAUGCACCUACUUUUCGUUGUUGAUUUUUAAUAGUUUUUCACAAUUAUAAGCAUAUCUAUCAUGUAUAGUAGAAGACUGAAACAUUAAGAAUGACAAGGUUUUAUGUGUGUGAAGCAUUUGAUUCAGUUUUAUUUUUUCAAUGUUCACUGGGAGAUACCAAAACUGUUACAUAAGACAUACAUGGAUAUAUAGAACUGAUAAUUACCUCAACGAACACCAUAAAUAAUAUGUUACCAAUAUUAGCAUGCACGAGUUACUUAAUUUUUAAAUUACUGUAUACAAGGAAAUUUUCAUCCCUGUUUUAUUUUUGCCCCUUUCGCCCUUUUCACAAGUGGGUGAAUUUAAAACCGGGUGAAUUCAAAACCGGGCAAAUUCAAAGAACACAGUAUAGUUUCUUAAACAGAACUAUGACUAGACAAAUUUAAAAGGGGGCAAAAUUGUGAGCAGGUGGAAAAAGGUGAAAAUAAGACGGGGCGAAAAUAAUCCUGUAUACAGUAUUUGUUUCCGAGAAUUAAGCAUUUUUUCUGUAAUUUGCCUGUUAUAGUUCAAGGGUUUUGACAAAAUAAAUACUAAUGUGUAUGGAAAAUGGUGCACUUAAGUAAUUAAUUUUUCAUAAGUGAAGAACAACUUAACUUUAAGGCUUAUUGUUUAUUCCCACUUUUUCUCUUGAUUUAGCUGACCUAUACAUUAUGAUAAGCAACUGAAAUUUUACAAAUAUUGUAACCACUGAGUACUGACUGUAGUUCAAUUACAUGAUGGUAAAAUUUUUUUUUUUUAUUUUACUGGAUUAUAACUGCUCAAACUGUUGAUUAUAGAUUUUUGUAAAAUAUUUUUAUUAAAUAAUAAACUACAUUGCUAUGUAGCCUGGUUCCCGGACAAUGGUUAACGGGCACAAGCACAUUUUCUAGUGGCAGUGAUUGGAAUCAAGGGCAGAGAACCAGUGCUAAUUUCUAACUGUCUUAACACUGAAUGCUUAUUAAAUGAAGUAAAUUUUAUGUUCUCAGAUAACCAAAUUUAAGCAUCAAAUUGAAUGGUCAUUCUUUUUUUGAAUGAAAAUGGCAAAAUCGUUUUUUAACAAAUUUACCAUUAAUUUUGAAAUGGCUACCUCAGUUGAGGUUGCCUCCCUUUGACUGUGAUAUGAUUUUCUGAACCUUCUGAAUAGUAGAUCUUAUUUCGGUCCAGUCUGUUUCCUGUUUUGUAUUGUUAUAACUGCAUCACUGAGAGAUCAUUUCACAGAUUGUUCAUUUUACACUCAUUCCCAUCUAUUUUAAAUAUGUGAAUUCUUUAAUUGUUACUUUACUUCAUUGAUUCAUCUUGUACUUUCUUGCUGAUUAACUUUUUAUAGGACAAGAAUAAUACAACAGUGCUGAUAUUUAUUGUACAUUUAUUAGGGCCCUGCAAGGAUUUGCGGGUGCCCUAUAGUAAUCACUCUGUCCGUCCGUCUGUCCGUCUGUCUGUCUGUCUGUCCGUCUGUCACUCUUCCGUCCACAAAUUUUCUUUUUUUUUCUAAUAACUUUUUUUAUGGUUGCCCAAUCAAGUUCAAAUUUGGUAUGGUAGUUCAGUAGGCAGAAAUACAUAUUUUGCACAGGCACCUGACGUUACUUAUUUUUCUUUUAAUAAAAAAAAUUAUACCCUUACCUUAUAAUAAACUUAGGUAAGGGUAUAAUUUUUUUUAUUAAAAGAAAAAUAAGUAACGUCAGGUGCCUGUGAUAUUUUGAUGCUAAGUUUGGUUCUCUAUGUCUUCUGGUUAUGAGCUGGGUUGGUGGGGUAGAUUCCUUAACUAUGCAUAAGAAUGAAUGGGCAACUUUUUUUAUGGUAGCCCAAUCAAGUACAAAUUUGGUACGGUAGUUCAGUAGGCAGAAAUACAUAUUUUGAUGCUAAGUUUGGUUCUCUAUGUCCCAUGGUUUGGAGCUGGGGUGGUGGGGUACAUUCCUUAACUUUAUAUAAGAAUGCAUUGGCAAAGAGAGAUAACUGCUGAAGAUGUUCCCAUUGUAAACUGAAUGCUGCUAGGAGUCCCUUGGGAUUAAUUAGCUUUCCUCCUGAAGAAAAUCCAGAGCAUUAUCUUUAUCUGUCACAUUGAGAUUAAUUACCACCUCUGUCUGCAAAUGAAGUUUGUUUAGAAGUUAAAUCAAUUUGGAAUGCUAUGUACACUCUGAAAUGUGGAUUUAAAUAUAAAUUUUUAUUAUUUAUUUUUGUUUGAUAGAACUUAUGAUUUCAUUGAAUUCUAAAAAAGAAGAAAUAGAUUAAGGAAGAUUUUUUGAUUGACUUUUUUCACUUUUUUUUUAAAUAUAUUAAUUCAAGAAUAUAAUUAAUUUUUAAUGUAGUUGUAUAAAAACCCCAUUCUAUCAUUAAUACUGAAAAAGUUCUUAUUGUAAAUUUAGAAGAAAAUGAUGAGAGAGGUACAAUUAAUCCCUUGGGAUUAAUUAUCUAGCCUGCUGCAGAAAAUUUAGUAGGCUUUUCUUUAUCUGUCGCUUUAAGAUUAAUGAAAACCUUUGUCUGCAACUGCUGUUUGUUUGAAGUUAGGUCAAGCCUUCAUGAUAUUUGCAUUCAUUGAAGGCUGGCAUUUUAUAUAACACAAGCUUCAUAAUUGUUUAAAUAUACAUUCAAUGUUAAGUUGUUCUUUACUGCCUUAUGUAAAUACAAGGAUAUUAUUUUCAGGUUUUUGAAUAUUCAGGAAUUAUCUUAAAAUUUUAAGAAUACAGUUGGUGUUGCUUAUUCUUCAUACAUUUAUUAAUCAUUCUGUAAGCUGCACCCUUUUAAUUCUACCCCAUGGCGGGGCCCUUGCUGACUGGUCAGUUUUCUAGUUCAUUUUAUUAAUAUUUUUUCAGAUAGUUAUAUUUUAUUUAUGUUGUUCAUAUUUUCCUUUUUGGGGGGAUGGGGAGGGGACAUGGUAGGGAUAGAAGAAAUGCAUUCUGUUUUGUAAGUAUCCUUGUUUUAUAGUGAUUUUAGAAGUUAAACAACUUUCACAUACAUUUUUUUCAUAUUUUUCUGCUUUAUUAUACCCCCCGCAAACAAAGUGUAGGGGGGGUAUAUUGGAAUCACCCUGUCCGUCUGUCCGUCUGUCUGUCUGUCUGUCUGUAGACGAGAUUUUGUCCGGACCAUUACUCAGAAACUAUUGGAAGGAUUUGUCUGAAAAUUUGUACACAUAUUAUUCACCAUAUGAAGUUGUGCACCUGAUAUUUUCAUCUUGAUUGGAUUAUUAUUUUGAAUUUUACAGGUGUUUUUUCAUUUUUAUUUUGUGGUUUUGUCUGGACCGUUUCUCAGAAACUAUUGCAAGGAAUAAUCUGAAAAUUUGUACACUUAUUAUUCACCAUAUGAAGGUGUGCACCUGGAAUUUUCAACUCUUUUUGUUAAUUUUUUUGCAUUUUACAGGUUUUAUUUUUUAUUUUAAUUGACUUGUUCAUUUUGGGCUCAUGUAUAAGGUUUGAGAUAUAGAAUCUAGAAUAUCUGUUCAAAAAUACUACAGCUUAAAACUACUCAUAAAAACUUAAAAAAAAGAAACAUCAUCAAGUGUUAAAAACAGUUUUUACAUUGCACAGAAGAUAAUGUAAUUUCAUUUGUCUCUUGGGAAUAAUGACUGGACAUGCAUCCAGUUAAAGAUAAAUUAAUGAGUUUGGUGUUGGAAGUUGUUAAGGCAUAUCUCUUAUCAAGCGUGUGUGUUAUCUAAUCUCCAGGGAAUAAGGCACAAGAAUUAAAGAUCUCUCUUCUCUAAUUCUCUUAAUUGUAAUUUAUUGUCUGUCAAAGCACUUCAUUACUGGAUGACCCGCUCUUUAUUUUCAAAAUGCGUUUCAAAUUGAUAUAUCAAGAUUAAUUUGAUUUUGUAUAAUGGUUUUUUUUCAACAAUCAGUUUGCAGAGUGACAUAACACAUAAUUGCAAUAUAUUUUUUUAAUGCAGAAAUAAAAAAAAAAUAAAAUGAAAAAAUAAAAAAUAAAUGUUACAAUGGAAUUACAGUGUAUUAGUAUUGAUGUUUCAUUUGGUUGCACCUUUGUUUCAUUCAUUAAGAAACAUGAUGAGCAAUAAUAUUUCACUGCAAAUUUUUGUAAGUAAAUUGUGAACACCUCUAGAUCCAUAAAGUAUUUUUGAAUUGGCACCUUCUCUGAAAAACCCAGCGGGGGGUAUUUGUCCCUAUUGGACAGUUCUAGUUUUCAUUGUGUCAUUUCAUAAGGGAUUGUGUUCAGGUUAGUUGUAAGUUUACGGUGAUUAAACAAACCAUUGCAUUUGACUAAUUAAGUUGAAUUUUGAAUUAGUGAAGCAAUAUUCUCAUAUUUAUUUGAUUUUACAUUUGAUUUUCAUUUUCUUGCCAUAGAAACAUGUAAAUAUUUUAUAGAGUGCUGUUACCCAUUUGUCAGUAAAUCCCAGGUAGUGGUUUUUCACCUGACUCAAUGUACCAAAAUAAACAUGGUUAUUCCUUAAA